GUGGGUGGAAGCCACCAGACACACGAGAGCUGGGAAUUGUUUGAGGGGGAAGGUGAAUGCAGACAUGUGUUCGUGCAUACAACGACCGAAUGAAGAGGAUAUAUAUAUAUAAGCAGAAAGAAGAAGGCUGACAAAAGGAAUGGAUGUUGACGUUUCAUUCUCCCAUCCCCCACGCCCAUUGCCCGCCAUCAUCCUUUAGGCGAGAACAAGCAAUAUCUGCAGGGGACCUUUUCGAGCCAGAAAAAAAAGUUGCGAUGAACAGAAAAAGAGUAAACAUGAUGGAUCUCUCAACCACAACGACAUAAAGAAUCUUCGUGUUUUCUGCCGAACAGAAAGAUGCCUUCUACCUUGGUUGAACGCACUCGCGAUGGCCCGCUCGUCAAGAGGCAGAGGCUCAACGCAGCGGAUGCGCCGAGAAGAUCGCAACGAGAGUCGAAGAUUUUCACACCUUUCCGAACAAUUGGUCUAGUAUCCUCGACUCCAGUUCCAUUUACCUCGAUCCCCCUUGGAAAGACUACUUUCCAAAUUACGACCUCCGUGGGAAAAUGUCUGCAGACCUACGACCUGAAGCGGGGUCUCAAUCUAGUUUUCCUCACUCGACCACAGACACCCGAAGAUGUGACUGCUACAAUAGCAUGGAAGGACAGAGUCUUUGCUGCCUGGGGAGGAGUAGACACUGCCCAAGGCAUCUGGGUUUUCAAGCGGGGAAAGAAGAUUGCAGAGCUCGAUAUGCCCACCGACCUCCAACAACCGGUCAAGCAGAUUUUGAUAUUUGGGACAUGGAUUGUUGCAUGCUGUUCGACACGGAUUGAAGUAUGGAAAUCUGCGACCUACGAACACUACACGACUCUUUAUCCUACUGCAGCACCCAAGGGCGGCAAUGAGCUGGCUGGAGGGAUUUGUAGCAUGCCGACCUACCUAAACAAGAUAUUCGCAGGAAGAAAAGAUGGCACGGUGGAAAUCUGGAACGUCAGUUCAGGAAAGCUGAUCUAUUCAAUCAUGCCUCCUGCCGCACAUUGUGGUUCUGUCACGGCACUCCAACCCACUCCGGCGCUCUCCUUGCUAGCUAUUGCAUAUUCUGAAGGACCUCUGAUUGUACACGAUAUCCGGCAAGACAAAACCGUGAUCGACCUAGAUGGUGGAACCUCUCCAAUUACUUCGAUAUCUUUCCGGACCGACGAUAUGGGGGCAGGAGAGGAUGGCCAAAAACCAGGUGUGAUGGCUACAGCCGGACCCGACACCGGAGAUGUCACAUUCUGGGAUCUUAAUGCUGGUGGAAGGGUCAUGGGUGUACUUCGAGGGGCCCAUAAUCCACCAGUCGCUUCUGGAGCCACAGUUGGCGGUGGUGUCAGUAAGGUUGAAUUUCUCCCUGGCCAACCAGUAGUGGUGACCAGUGGCUUGGACAACUCUCUGAAGUCUUGGAUAUUCGACGAGACGCCUUUCAGCCCUAUUCCAAGGAUACUUCACUCACGGAGUGGUCAUGCAACGCCAGUCACGAAACUAUUGUUUCUCCCUUCAGACUUUGAUGGUGCAGAUUCUGGUGGCAAGUGGCUUUUAAGUGCUGGAAAGGACCGGAGUUUGUGGGGUUGGAGUCUUCGAAAAGACGGUCAAAGUACAGAACUCAGUCAGGGCAACAUCAGAAAGAAAGCAAAGAAGUUGGGAAUACUUGCUAGUUCUACUCUUGUGAAUGAGUCGAGUGCGUCUCAUGAGGACUUGAAAGCACCAGAGAUCACCUGCGUAGCAAUGUCUUUGAAUCGAGACGGAGGCAUGGGAGCAAAUGCUGGCAGUGCUGCUAUCUGGCAGAAAGGAAACACCACUAAGAAGCCUACUGAUGCUACGGCAAGUGGUACUACGGGCUGGGAGAGCGUUGUAACAGGCCAUAAAGAUGAUCGAUUCGCGCGAACAUGGUUUUGGGGCAGAAAAAAGGCCGGUAGAUGGGCUUUAGAGACUGGAGAUGGAUCCAAUGUCAGCAGCGUUACCAUCAGCCCUUGUGGGACAUUCGCAGUGGUUGGGUCCGAGACAGGUGGAAUUGACAUGUUCAAUCUGCAGUCUGGACUCCACCGACAACGAUAUCCUGCGAAAUUGACACCAGCACAGGCUAGGAAACUUAAGAUCCAACAAUUACAGGCUGUUGAAGCUAGCCACGGAAUCGAGUCCUCGAGUUCUUUUCAACCAGGCCUCGGAAAGCACAAGAGAGCUGUGACAGGACUGGUUGUGGAUUCGUUGAAUCGAAAUGUCAUCAGUUGCUCUCUAGAUGGAAAGAUCAAAUUCUGGGACUUCAGAACAGGGAACCUUGUUCACGAACUUGACUGGCAUCCAAUGGUCUCUAUUACUGGCAUGCGGUAUCACUCUCCAAACGACUUGAUCGCUUUGUCGUGUGACGAUCUAUCUAUUCGAGUUGUUGAUAUGGAGACGAAGAAGACUAUCAGAGAGCUCUGGGGCUGUAAACAGGCGAUAAAUGAUUUUUGCUUCUCAAACGACGGAAGAUGGAUCAUCGCGGCGUCCAAAGAUUGUGUUAUUCGAGUCUGGGAUCUUCCAACUGGGCACCUGAUUGAUACGAUUAGAACGGAGACUGAAUGCACAGCAUUGUCAUUUUCUUCAACUGGCGAGUUUCUUGCGACGAGUUGCGAAGGUCAACUUGGUGUCAACAUCUGGAAUAACAAGAGCCUGUUUACUCAUGUAUCUACACGUCACAUUUCAGAAGAUGAGAUUGCACAGAUCUCAGGACCUACAGCUUCUGGCGAAGGUGGCCAAGGUGUCAUUGAUGGCGCUUUCGAAGAUGAAGUGGAAGAGGAUGAGGAUGCUGCGCCAACACUUUCGCUUGAUCAAUUGAGUGAAGAUAUGAUGACAUUGAGUUUGGUGCCGAAAAGCCAGUGGAAGACUCUUCUACAUCUUGAUCUCAUCAAAGAGCGCAAUAAGCCGAAAGAAGCACCCAAGCUUCCCGAAAAAGCACCAUUCUUCCUACCAUCUCUUGACAAAGCUCAGCCCUUAGCUGCGACUGAGGAGGAGACUCGUGAUACCGUCGCAGAGAGAUCGAGAAUCAUGAAAAUGAAUCGACUUGCUUCUGAAGGCGCUUUCACUGUUGCUCUAAGAGCAGGUGGAGAAAGCGGGGAUUACACCCGCUUCAUCGACCACCUCAAGACACUUUCCCCUUCAGCAGCAGACCUUGAGAUCCGCUCUUUAAACCCAGGCGAUGAAUCCGACGAGCUAGUCAAUUUUGUAGAAGCACUCACGAGUAGAUUACGGCAGAAACGAGAUUAUGAAUUGGUGCAGGCGUGGAUGGCUGUCUUUUUGAGACUACAUAUGGAUGCUGUAACUCACGAUGAGCAUUUAGUUGAGGCUUUAAGGGGAUGGAGACAGUGUCAAGAGGAAGAAGGGUCAAGGAUUGGAGAUUUGGUGGGGUAUUGCGGGGGUGUUGUUGGAUUUCUGAGGAAUCCUAGGUAGAGUCGAAUAUCCUUGAAUAGGAAUUCAGAUUUGUCUUAAACGCGG